GCGCAGUCAUUCCAUACCUGCCAGCCCACAUCCUGUGCGUCCAUCCUGCGCACGGCGACGACUGAUGCAGCCACCGGCAGCCUGUCAAACACAACCAACACAACCUUACACAAGCGACAAUGCAAGGAUUAACCGCGUCUUUUCUCCUGCUAUUCUAUGGUCUGUCUCUAUUGUUGGGCAACAAGGCAGAAUCCACAAGUCCUUCCUGCAGCUCCAACUGCUCAACAUCAGGCGCGGUCACAGCCACCCCUACCGUGUCCACGGUUCAGAGAGUGAUGAUCCUGAAGUGUAACUCCAGCAUGGAGGACUACUGUUUCCAUGGAGAGUGCAUGUUCCUGGUGGACCUCAACGAGCACCACUGCAAGUGUGCCCAGGGUUAUGCAGGUCACAGGUGUGCCCACCUGUCUCUGGUGAUUCAGCCCGUGAGUCAGGAGAGGUUGAUACUGACGGUGGUGUGUGCCGCUCUAACCAUCCUGGGCUUCGCUGGAGCCGCCUACUUCCUCUACCGAUGGUUUAAGAAGAACGCUGGUUCACCUCAACAGAAGGAAUACCAGGAAGUGCAGAUGGCAUGAUUGACGCAGUGAACUACAGCCUAUUGUCACUCUGCAGCCUGAUUGGUUAGAUGGACACUAUAAUGACUGAUUCCUGUAUGAUAGAAUUUACCAACACUCUCUGUAUUGGAAAGAAUAUUGUAAAAAAAAAAAAG